AUUACACAAUUGGUCUGACACAUUUUAAUUGCGGCAGAAUACGGUGUAGGACGCAGCCGUGCUUCAUUCAUUUUUAUAACAGAAACUGAAUGAGUGUUGAUUCGCUUCCGAUCAAUGUAGUUCCAGCUGCCAAGGUUUGUAUUAAUGCGCCUCUUCAAAUACUGGAUCGUUUCCAUAGUAGCAGCUCAUUCGUUGCAUUUUGUGUAGUGGACAAACGAUUUCUCAGUUUUCUGUAAAGAAGACGUUUAUUCAUUAUGGAAGAAUGUAAGGAGUUUCAGCAGCAGUCAGAAAAGGGAGACUCUGACACCAAUAAUGAGGGACUCCGUCUUCAACUGCUGUUUUAACCCACCUCAUCCUCCAGUAGUAAUGGAAGACACCCACUGGCACAGCAACAGAGCACAGGCUCUGCCCCAAAAUGACCGGCGCUUUCUUAUCUUUUUUGAUUUUGACGAGACACUUGUGGAUGAGUGCAGCGACGAUGCCAUGGUCACAGCAGCUCCUGGAGGUUCUCUGCCCACCUGGCUCAAAGAUACGUACAAGAUGGGCAGGUAUCAUGAGUACAUGCAGCGAGUCUUGACAUAUCUUGCUGAGCAGGGGGUCGGUCCAUCAACUGUCCGUAACACAAUAGAGCGUCUUCCACCCUGCCCGGGUAUCCCCGCCCUGCUGCGCUUCCUGAUGUCCUGCCCACCACAGGACUUUGAGGUCAUUUGUGUGUCAGAUGCCAACACGGUGUUCAUUGAAACCUGGCUGCAGAGUCUCGGUGUUCGUUCUCUUUUCAUGCACAUUUUCACGAAUCCAGCCCAUUUUGAUGAGAAUGGACACCUUCAGCUCCGACCCUUCCAUUCUCACGACUGCCAACGGUGUCCAGUGAAUAUGUGCAAAGCCGAAAUUGUGCGCCAAUACACGACUCAGAGGGUGCGCGAACGAGGAGGCAGGAGAUACCAAAGAGUGUUGUACGUCGGUGACGGUGCCAAUGACUUUUGCCCAGCACUGACAUUGGCGACAGGCGAUGUGGCAUUUCCUCGACGUGACUUCCCCAUGCACAGGCUGAUCCAGGAGAUGUACGAGGCCCAACCUGGAAAGUUUAAAGCCAGAGUGGUGCCUUGGAGCAGUGGAGAGGAUAUCAUCACCGAGCUCAGAAAUGUCAUGGAAGGGAGGGCUUAAAACGUGGCUGAAAUACAUGAAUAAAUACUAAUUCUUACUUUUGAUAAUCAGAAUGCACAAAUAUUCACCAACAAGGAGGUGAUGUCUUAAUGGAAGCUGCUGUUACACUUGCCUAAAGUCAGGUUUGUCUUUUCAUGCUUGGUGGUGCAACUAAUACUUUAGAGUGAACAGAUGGAAAAAAAGGCUUAUGUGAAAUAUAGUUCGAACGUAUUGUUCACAAAGACGUUUCCUCAAUAUUUUUAAAUACUGUAGUUCAUUAUUUCCCUCCUUCUACAUACAACCUUCAGUUUUCCAGGAGGAACAAACUGAAACAAUUCUAGGUUCUUAAUUUUAACUUUUUUCCCCUAUAUAUAAAUAUAUAUUCUAGCAAAGAAGAAUUUUUUUAGAGAACAAAGAGUAAGUGUUAGCGUUAAGUUAUUGUUCUGAUAUUGAAGACAUUUUUAACAAGAUUGUUCAAAUUGACAAUUUUGUAUUUAAAAUACUUUUUUAUUCUUGCUUUUAUUCUUUUGCGAUUUGCGUAUGAAUGGCUAGUCAGCAUGUCAUCUGGGCUCCUGAGAUGUAAAAUGCCCCUGGUUAGCUACUCAUGCGCAAUGUUGCAUAUUAUUAAUGAAAACAGUACUGGAAUUAUUGUGUCUGUCUCCGAUUCUGUAUAAACCAGAUUUUGCUGAGCUGCUUUGAAUCACUAAAUGCAUUACAGAGCCAGCGUCAGUUGGACAUGGAUUACUACCUGUGAGGAAUUUCACAUUUUCUGCAAUAGACAGGCAUCUCAUCUAGUAUGUAUUCUUGCUGUGUGCCCAGUUUUCCCAGGACAAGCUCUGGAGCCCAAGAUCAGAAUCAGGAUGAAGUGGUUAUUGAAAAUAAAUGGAUGAAAACGA